CAGUAUAAUUAAAAAAAAAAAACCGAGAAGAAGAGAGAAGAAUGCAAUGGAGGACGCAGACGCAGACCCGUGGUUGGCGGCGGACAAGGCCUACCAUGUCAUGUUCUGCUUCGUGCUCACUUUUCUCUUCCACAGCGCCGCAUCCCUCACCCCACACCCUUUCCUUCGCCGCCAGUCAAUUCCCCUCGCAUCCAUGGCUUCUCUCCUGGCUGGCGCCGCUAAAGAAGCCGCCGACCACCUGGGCUACUUCCGAUCCGCCGGAGCAUCCCUGAAGGACGCCCUCGCCGAUCUGCUUGGCGUCAUCCUCGCUACAUCUCUUCUCUCUCUUGGCACUCUCAGAAUCAAACGCUCUAUUCCUCCUCCUCCCCCUGAUCGCGGAAUAUCGCUGGUUUGAUUUACAUUUUUGGCCUUCAAGCGCAAGGCUAAAUAUCUUUAGCUGCUUGGCUUAGGAAAAAGAGAACCAAGUGGAUAUUAUUUCAGUAUUUUUUUUAAUAUUUAUUUGUCGAAAUAUUAUCAUUAUUAGUAGGAUCAGAUGGUUCGAGCUGACUGUUCCUGUGAUGUUCUGCUUAUUCUGGGAGGGAUUGGUGAGCGGAGAUAUAUAUUCGAAACUCUUGAAUGACAAUGAGGAUUGUUUCUGGCA